AUGGGCCCCCCUCCGACAGCUGCCUCUGGCGCGGCCGGGGGUGAACCACGACAGACGCCGGGGACAUCCUCUGCCGUGUCUCAGUCGGCGGCUUCCGGUGGUGGCCUUCCAUCGCCUACGAGCGCGUCUCCGUCCACCUCGUCUGCGCCUCCUGCCGCUUCUUCGAUCUCUCCGCUUAUUGCGGCAAGCUCAUCGACCCCUAGCCCUGCGCCGUACGGUCCACCUCGGGCAGAAGCUAUUCCAGCGCCGUCGACGGUCCCCAGCAUUUCUCCGCCGCCUUCGUCUCCAGCCGGCUCUGGAGCCCCCACCGUGUCGUCCUCUGCGUCUCCAGAGAGUUUGACGAACGCUGGAGACCUACCUUCGUCCCCUGCCCUCCUUCAGCAGGCCCAGCCCGCCGUGAGAGGCGGAGGCCCGAGCCGACACAGAGGCGAAAACAGGACUCGACGUUCCUCGUCAGGUGCUCGCAGCGGCGCGUUGUCGGGACCGGGUGCGAAUUCUGCCUCUGGAGGACCACAGCGUGGUGAUGGGGGGUCUGGGAGGCUCAGUCAGCACCCAGGAAAGGGUGGAAGGGGCGAUGGUGGCCACCAGCAAGCCGAGGUAGCGGCGACCCAGGAGGUGCCGCAUCCAAGGGGGAAUGAAGGAGGCAGCGCCCCGGGUUCUGCCAGCACACCGGCCUUGCCUGAUCCCCCGCCUGCUGCAACUUCGCAGACCGCGGCAGGUGGUAGCCGUCCGCCUCGAGCUCCUCCCCCGGGCGACAAUCGCGGGCCCUCUGGUGGAGGGGGGACGCACCACAAAUGGCGAACUGGUGGUGGCGCCGCCCUAGGUGGGGGCCCGAAUAACGGAAGUCCUGCAAAUCCUGUGAACGCGAAUGCUCAGAAGUUCUACAAAACAAGGCCAUGUCCGUGGUACCUGUACGGACGGUGUAUUCAUGGUGACCAGUGCAGCUGGGCACAUUCUGAGCAAGAGCUUCGGGGCUUUGGAGGCGCUAGAAACCCCGGCGGCGUCUCACCCAGCGGGAAUUUCUCCGCAGGCGGGAGACAAGGAGAUGGCGGGAAGAGUCGAGAACGGACUACAGGGUCAGGCGGGGGGGGCCUUGGCGGUCAGGCCCACGAUGGGCUGGUCUCGACCAGCGGCGCAAGUCUGAAGGGGCCGGGCCUUGAGGGCUCCGACAGUGGAGGCAGCGGAGGGUUCGGACGCGGGCCUCAUGGCGUCCUUGUGGCUGCGGACGCAAGCGACCGAGGGAUGGACUCUUCUCAGGGACACCAUAGCGGAGCUGGAGGCCCCAAAGGCGCGGGGGCUUUAGGUGCAUCUGGCGGCGGACUUGUGGCUACAGAAGCUACGGUUGGUGUGGGGCCGCCCGUCAGCGACCGAACAGUCGGGUCAGAACUCCCGCAUCACCAUGGCGGAAGUACCUGGGGAGGGAGCCUCCGGGGUUCGACUUCCACUGGGUCUUCGUACCACCACCCUCAGCGGCGUUCAGGAGGGGUUGAGGGAGGCGGCGCGGCGAGUGGGAGAAGCGCUGGAGGAAUGCCUCACUACCCUCACCAUUCACAUAGGGAGAGCCGUGAUCUGGCGUCCGACGCCGGGGGUCCACGGUGCCGCGGCACUGGAGUUCAUGUGGGGACAGGAGACCGGCCUCUCCAUGGACAGCAUGCACACGACGGGUCCGGAUCUUCCGUUCUCUCUGAGGCAGGCGCGGUCCAUCCUGGUGGAGGGAAACACCCUGUUGGUGGAGGCACCAUGGGGGGAACACAGACAGGUGGGGCUGGGACUGGGGCGCGCGGAGGCGGUGGUCAUGGCGCGUUCCACUACGGACCAGGAGGGUCCCGCGGUCCCGACAAACGCAAAUCGUGUCCGUACUUAUCGCGGAAGUCCGGCUGCUUUAGAGGUGCCGAGUGUCGCUUUGCCCAUUCGGAGGAAGAGGCGUUGAACGCGACGGGCCGACACCAAACUACGAUGACUGGAUUUGGAGGCCUGAGCGCUGAUGGUUCGCUGCCUGGAAGCAUCAACUCUGGAGGACCACACGCGAGUACCUUCAUGAUGAUGCAGAGAGGCGAUCCCGAUGGCUUAACUCGUCGAGAGGGAUUGGUCGAUCCUGCAGAGGGAUUUCCCACAAGCCAUCCAAAGGUAUCGGAGAACUAUGCAUUGGUUGGUGCGAUGAGUGGUUACGACGGAGCCAGCUUCAUUCAGGGUCCCAGUUUGCCCUCGCAACUCGGGAUGGAGGCAGAGAGAGGUGAUGGCCGAGGUCACGACCUGCCAGAGAAUCGGGCGCUUCGGGCAGCGGGGGGACUAGCCGGGAGUCAGGGCGAGGGGGACAAAAGGGACUUGCCUGCCACGGGGGCAGGAGGAACGACAGCAGGUAGUCGUGACAGAGGUGGCGCUCAUGGCGGAUUUUCGGGGCCUGGAGGAGCCCUGUUGCAAGCAGGACUGGCAUUGACUUCGUUCGAACCAGGAGGAGGAGGGCUAACUGGCAGUGCCGGCCACCCUCACCGCGCUCAGGGGGGCGACACUGCCGCACAAGGUCACCGCGGAACCGGUCCUCACAGUCGACGCGACGAAUCUGGUGAACCAGGCGGCCGAGCGGGUGGAAACGGAGCUGCCUCACCUCCGUCUUCAGGGUCGGCACGGCAGACUCCUGGGAGUCACACGAGUACAGCUUCCAGAGAGCAGUUGCCUCAGCAUCCGACGCCCAAUGCAGUGGCGGCGGCAGCGGUGUCGGCCGUGGCAGGUACACGCCUGCCGCCGAGUCUGGCCUCGAUGGGGUCUUAUUGGCUUCAGAUGUCGCCUGCGGCAGCGCAUCCGCUUCCACAUUCGACUCAGCCUGGCUCAUUAAUUAGCCCUGGUGGACCUGCGGCAUCGUCGGGGCCUCUGGGCUCCAGCUGCGUCCCGCCAUUCGGAGCGAUGGGUUCCACUGCGUCUCAGCAACACGCGCUGAUGAUGGGAGCUGGUGGACCACAUAGUGGGCACCCAGGAAGUGGAAUGCUACCUCCUGGAAACCAACAUGGGCUCUAUUUGGCUCCAGGAACGCCAAUCAGUGGCGCGGGCGCUCCCGGAGGCAGCAGUGGAUUGGUUGGCGUAGUGCCGGUGCCUAUGAUGCAGUUUAUCGCGUCCACGGAGGAGCUCAAUGCAGCAGCGCCUUUGUUUUACGAAGAUUAGGGGAGUGGAAGAUGGCAGAGAAUGGUACGACGGGAUUGAUUUGCAAGAGAAGCCACUUGAGUCAGUGCGUAUCGUGUCUUGUCCGAUGAUUCGAGAUAGUUCCGUACAUAUGUGAUUAUUGUAGCGGGUGGGCAUGGGAAAGACCAGCUCAAGAAACGCCGAUGAAGUGAUCUGUGAAGAGGUGCGUGGGGAGG